AUGCAGCUCGUGGGCGUGUCCAUGGUGGGGCUUACGCUGUGGCUUAAGACCGAGCCUGGCUUCAACGAGUGGGUGAACGACCUCAGCAUCGAAGAGUUCUUCACCGGCCUCUACGUGCUGCUGGCUGGUGGCAUCAUCAUAAUGCUGGUGGCCUUUCUGGGCUGCUGCGGCGCUCUGAUGGAGAAUAGUGUGCUCCUGUACGGGUUCAUCGCCACGCAGGUGCUCGGCUUCAUCCUGGGCAUGGCGGGCUCGGCCGUGUUGCUGGACUUCAGCACCAUCAACUCCAAGAUUGAGCCGCUCAUCCGCCAGGCCAUGCGGUCGCUCAUCGCCGACUCAAACAAUCCCAGGAGCGCCUCCACGCUGCACAUGAUCCAGGAAAACGUGGGCUGCUGCGGCGCGGACGGCCCCAGCGACUACAUGUCGCUGAAGCAGCCGCUGUCCAGCAGCUGCCGGGACACCGUCACCGGCAACGUCUACUUUUACGGCUGCGUCGACGAGCUCACCUGGUUCCUGCAGGACAAGGCCGCCUGGAUCUGCGCGCUCGCCAUGCUCGUCUGCUUCAUCAACGUGCUGAACUGUGCUUUGACUCUUACGCUGAUCCAGGCAUUGAAAAAGGAAGAGGAAGACGCUCUCAAGCGCUAA